AGAAAAUCGGUCACGGUCGUUUUCACCCGCCUUGACCUCUUCUAACGGUCCCGUUGAAGUCAGGUGCCGCUGUAUUCACAACUUCCGCAUACGUCACUUCCGUUUACUGCCCAUCAAACAUGGCGCUGAUAUUAAGGACGUUUGUUCGUCAGGGGGUCUUGCUCUCCAGACCACAGUGUGGGGUCCUCUACAGACAUGCAGCUCCAAUGGGAACCACAGCAAAGGAAGAGAUGAACAAAUUUUGGGACAAAAAUGCCAAAUUAAAUCGACCUGUUUCUCCCCAUCUGACUAUCUACAAGUGGUCUGUCCCAAUGGCGAUGUCCAUCACACACAGAGGAACUGGACUGGGACUCAGUGGAGCAAUCUCAGCCUUUGCGGUGGCAGCGCUGGUCUUACCGGAAAGUUAUCCAUACUACCUGGACUUGAUCCGUUCACUGUCGGUUGGCCCCUAUCUCAUUGGGCUGGCUAAAUUUGGCAUCGUUUUCCCUGUUUCCUAUCACACCUACAACGGCAUUCGGCACUUGCUUUGGGACAUCGGCAAAGGCUUCAAAAUCCCAGAGGUCUACCGCAGUGGCUACACAGUUAUUGGUCUGUCCAUCAUCACCACCGUAGCUUUGCUUUCGCUCUGAGCUCAAGAUGAGGCGAGAUGAGUAGAGAAAAUGGAGACGGGGGAGUUGAAGGGAAUAUGGACUGGGUGCACUGUGGGAUUUUUGUGUUUAUGUUCUCUUCUGGCGUACUGCAGGCCUCAUUUAAUCCAAAUAUUGAAUAAAGGAUUAUGUUGUGGUGUA